UUGAAAAUGAAACCAUCAAUACAUAAUUUCAAACCAAACCAUGGGCUUCGUCUAACAACUCCAUCAACCAUAAAUUGGAAAGCUUCAUAAAGAGCCCUCUUCCAAAACUGGAUUGAGAGAGCUGAGAAAACUUAAACAGCUCCCAAUACUCUCCUUAGAAAUCUUAUAAUAUGUUAGGCUUAAAAUCGAAGAUGGCCGUUGGAAUCCUAACCGGAUCAUUGGUCUCUGGCAGUCGGGCAAGGGUAGAGGACUUUGCGACUAGUCCAACAAGUGUUAUUGAUGCCAAGAUUCACUCCCCAAGAGGGCUAAAGAAUUAUGAUGUUGGUGGGGUGGGACUAGGCAUAGUGGCUGCCCUUGGUGAAGAUUCGGCCAACAAGACUGUUUGCAGCCGGAAUUCGAGCAAAUCCAACCCUAUUCCAGUCAAGAAUUGUUCAAGAAUUAGGAGAGAGUUUGAGGAAAUGGAGAUGGAAACUAUGGAGGAUUACACUAUCGUGAUUUGUCAUGAUCCAAACAAGCCCUGCACUCGAGUGUAUUGCAAUGGCACGAGAGGCGACGAUUCGAUCCCCAACCGCCCUAGUGUUUUUCACCUACCUCCCACCAGAAAAUCUGGAGAUGUAAUGGGUUUUCUGGAUUCAGAUUUUCUAAGCUCAUGCCAUUUGUGUAACAAAAUACUCCAUGGAAAAGACGUAUACAUGUACAGGGGAGAAAAAGCAUUCUGCAGCACAGAGUGUAGAUAUAAGCAGAUAGUGCAGGACGAGCGCAAAGAAAAAUGCGGCUAUGAGACCUCAAGAUCAGUCGAUAUUUCAAGCUCGCCUUACACCAAUACCGAGAUUUUUUCUGAGGGAAUUCUGGCAAUUUGGCCUAAAUAAAAUUGUUACUACAGAAUAUAAAUACUGCAUAUGAGAAACAUCUCCUUUUUACUAAGUUUUGCUUGGGAUAAAUGACAAUUUUUGAACUUUGAUGAUCAA